AUGCCCUCGGCGUGUAUUGCAACUGGUUGCACCAACAUUAGCACGUCGAGAAGAAAACGGUGGGUUUCCUUUUACAGAUUAUCCCUCGAAGACAAAGAGCUUUUGCAAAAAUGGUUGGUGAACUUGAGGAGGACAAGGCUUCCUUUACGUUUGGACAGAAGCUACGUUUGCUCGGAUCAUUUCGAACCUGAGUGCUUUGGUAGGGACAUAAAGGUACGCAGAAUUGAGCUCGUUUACCUUGUUCCAUGGGCUGUUCUUUCCAAGUCAGAUCGCUCCACUUUAUCGUCAAUUCGUGACGUGACCUAAGUAUAUCAUGAAAUUGCUAGAUAUGAACCAUAUUUUGAAAGAUUUGGUAGCAAACUGGUUCAGAUGAGCUAGACUUUGUUAUAUUUGAUGAGGGUGAGUUGGUGAGAGGUAACCUUGCAAUGGAGAGAAACCUUCAUAUGUAUAACGACAACUUCUUGAAAAGUGUUAAUUGAUUUUGAAUGCAUAUUUCACAUGCAGCUCUCCAAUGAAUAAGUGGCAGGUUACCGGAUCCUUGUGUUUGUGCAAAGGUGUCUGGGAUCUCCAGAAUUAAGAUUAAGAAAAGAGCAAAACAUGUUUAAAAACAGAAAAAAAUAUGUAGAAAAAUAAAAAAAAAAAAAAAAACAAACAAACAAACAAAUGCUGUUAUUUUUUUAUGGAGACACAGGAUUAGGGUCAGGCAAAAAGCCUCUCAAGUACUAGAUUGAUUUUGCCCAUUCCUAGCAUUUUAAGUAUUUUUGUUGUAAGUACAAGCAAAACCACGCAGAAUAGAUUGAAUUCUAAAUUUAUUGCCUGCAUGUAUAUAUAAAUCUUCAAGCUCCAUCAAGACUCUUGCUUAACAACUUGUGAGCUAUGAUCCCCAACUACAUAUAAUUUUUGCUUAUUUCUUAUUGCCCCUCAGUGGCUUUCAUAUGUAAUUUUCCUCCCAUCUACAACACUUAAUUCAAGGUAGCAUAAUUAUUUGAGGGUGGUAUUUAUCCAAUAGUUAAAAAUAGGGCUUCAAAGUGCAGCUGCUAGACUGAUUUUCUUAUAACAGCUUGCGUAGGCAUGAAGCCUUUGACAGACAAGCCAUCUUCUGACUUUUUUUGUUGUUAUUGUUGUUUUUCGCUCCACAGGCAGAGCUAAUGGAUCAAAGGCCAAAACCACCACUGUUAGAAGGAUCAGUUCCCACAUUAUUCAGUCAUAACAAUUUUAGGUCCAACGUCAAGAAAAGAGUUGUUAGUGAAGAGCGAAAAAAGAGAAAGGAAAAAGAUGAGGUAACGGGUCCUGUUUUGUUAUUCCUAGUUUUUUUCCUAGAAAAUUUUCUCUUCAACCCUUUACUGUACACUUCCCUUAGUACAGACAUGGAGAAUUAGCUUCUUCCAUUGACAAUUGUUUCCUUUCUUCUCAUGAUCUUAGUUCAGCGAUGUUACUUAACCCUUUAACUCCCUGAAGUGAUUCACAUCAAACUUUCUCCUCACAAUAUCCAUACAAUGUCCAGCAAACUGGUAAUGAGAAUACUCAAACAUAUCAAGUAGAAUUUGUUGUCUUGAUCUAACACCAAAUUCUUGUUACUUAUUUAAAAGGAAAUAUGUUGUAGCUGCUGGGGAGAAUUGACUAUCAGAUCUUGGGAGUUAAAGGGUUAAAAAGGAAUUAGUUGUUUGUCUUUCUUACAAGUACUGUAGGGUUGAAAAGGCUAAAGGUUUUAGCUAUCAUUUUUUUUAUCGAUUAUAACCUUGAAUUUUACUUAAAGAUGAACUGCCAUACAUCAUGGGACAUACAACAAAGCAAUAACAACAAUGAUGUUACUAAUAAUGAUUGUAAACACCAUUGUUAUUAUUAUUAUAUUGGCAUAAUUAACAAUUACUCUUCAAAGUGGAGUUAAAUAUUCAGCUCUUUCACCAACACUGACAGAGGGAAAUAAUUGUUUUAGUAUAUACCACUCAGAUACCAGAUACCAGCAUUUCUUUCAAUGCACUGAAAAAUGAUUUGAAAUUACUCUUGACAUGUGAUUUUUUCUUAUUGGCUACUGAAGGUGAAUAGUACUUGCUAUUCACUUCCAAACUAGCCAAUCAGCAUGAUCCAAAAGCUCUAGUAACUUCUGUGUUAUACACUAUUAUUAUUAUUAUAAAUAUUAUUACUAGUAUCAUUUCUAUUAUUAUUAUUAUUAUUAUUAUUAUUAUUACCAUUAUAUAUCAGCUAAAUGAUCGUUUGAAAAAGGAAAUGUUUAUGACAUACUUGUAAUUAAUGUCAAACUUAGCAUCAGGAAUUUGUACAAUUUUUAUGUUUGUAUUCCUGUCAAACGUAAUUGCUCAAACCAAAUAAUUGAUAGAAAUCAAUAGGUGUUUCUAAGAUAGUUGUUAAUAGAUUGAUACCAGUAAUUGAUGACAAACUGAAGAAGAACAUUUGUGUGACUUCACUCACUCGCUCAUUCACUUGUACAAUCGUUCUUCUUUCCUUUUUUUAAUAGAUUUUGAAAGAAUUACUCGGACCACAUUUUUACAUGAAGCCAUCAGCACCACUGAACACACAAGUUGUGAAGCGCGAAUCCCCGAUGAAGUUGGAAGAUAUAGACGGUGAAUUUAGCAUUCAGUCUCUUCUGCCUGAGUUUGCUCGAGCUUACAACAACGAUACUUGCACUAAUAACGAUCAAACUCGAACAAUUUGCGAGAAUGACGUAGGUAUUAGCCACAAGCAGAUCGGAACUGACACCGAGAGCGACUUAAGCACCGUUAAUGAGCAAGCCCGAACAGAAACCGAGAAUGACGUUUGUACUAGCCACCAAAAACAUCCAACAGGUACCCAAGAUGUGUUCGCAUUACCCAGUAUUUGCAACGGACAAGAACCCAACGGUACCAUGAUCACUUAUAACGUGAACACAACUCAGGGGCAAACGGAAAAGUGGAUGAUUGUUCUGAUCAAGUGUAAAGAAGGGACACGUGUGAACAUGAACUUUGGACACAACAUUAAUCGGCAAAACAAACCUAGCACUUCAGAAACAUCGUGCCAAACUGAAGAAGAGCUUGCAAGGGAAAUAAAACCCUCUAUGGUAUCUGUCGAGACGCAAUGGAACAAGGAUGAUUUUCUUCCAAAUCUUGAGCUCGUUCAACGUGACCACACCUACAGUAACACCAAGAGAAUCUCAAAGAAGAAACUUUCUUGAAGAAUUUUCCUUCUUGUUGCUUUGCCUCCCUGCAGGGGUUUGAAUAACUAUUACCAUGAGUGGCUGCCGAUGGUGGCUGUACCCGAAAAAGAGGCUGUAAGGGGGGAACCCAAACACUCGAGCUUACUAGGAGGCCAAACAGACGGUAGUAAGAGUUCUUAUGGGCAUCGUCAGUAACCUCUGCUCUGUAAAGUAUCUGUGCUCUUUGAUGAUAAGACGACGACGAUCGACAGAAAGACCCUGGUUCGACUUGUAAGAUUACGAGCAGCCCUCCUUUUCGGCGAAGUCCGUCGGAAGAGUCCAAGAAACUCACUUGAAAAAAAAAUAAUAAUGAAAGAUAUUUCAGCUCGCCGCGCGGAAUUCACGGAGCGAGGUGUACGUAAGGACCCGACUUUCUGUGUGCUCACUCCCAGAGUUCUGCGCGGCUCGCUAACAUCCAUCUUUUUUUUUUGUUUUGUUUAUUUUUAUUUUUACACGGGCGCCGAAAAAGUAGGGACUGUUUGCAGUCUUGGUAUUUUAUGUAAUUGAAAUUUUAUGAAAUGGAUGAAAAACUAUGAUCAAUAAUCAAGGCUGAUUUCUACUGAUCUGUCUUUAAAUUUUUGAGCAUCCGGCUGUGAGGCUUGCAGCAUUGGACAUUUUCCCUUUGCUGAAGUCAUAUUUGUUGAGUUACAAGGUUGAAAGUCUUAC